AUGGAUAUAUCAGCUGCGACCGUUGUACCUCCCGAUGGAGGUUGGGGCUGGGUUGUGGUGGCAGCCGUGGCCUUAAUCAAUAUGACAAAUCAAUCAAUCUUAUCCGUCUUUGGCCUGCUAUUUGGGGCCCAGUUAAAGGAAAUGCAACAGGAAACCUUUACGGCCGCCCUAAUUACCAAUCUCAAUAGUUUGGCUUUGAAUUUUUCGGGCCUCUUUAUAGGGCCGGCCAUUAAGAGUUUUAAGCCACGCAAUGUGGCCGUUUGUGGCUGUGUAAUGGUCUCGUUUGGCCUUAGUCUGUGUGCCUUUGCCACUGAGGGUUGGCAUUUUAUUGUGGGCUAUAGUUUAUUUGUCGGUUUGGGUUUGGGCCUAAUAGCCCCCUCAACAUUUAUGGCCAUCAAUUCAUAUUUUACCAGCAAACGAGGUCGCGCCGUUGGUGUCUCUCUGGCUGGAGCUGGUCUUGGCCAAGUUUUUAUACCACACAUUGUGCGAUUUUUCCUUGAUAAUUAUGGGUUUCGUAUUGCUGUGUUGGCGAUGUCAAUACUCUCUCUUGUUGGUUUAAUUGGUGCCCUUUUGUUAAAACCAUUAACACCCAAGAAAACUGAACACAAUAAUCGUAAACAUUUCACCAUAAUCCCCUCAUCAUCAUCAGCAACAGCAGCAGACAAAGCCAAAGUCCAACGUGAGGACUCAGUUAUGGAAAUUAAAAUUGUCCAGAAUGAUACGGAUAUGGAUAAACAAAAAUCGCAAGAGGUUUCUUUGUUACCACGCCAGGAGCGUAUUGAAAUUUAUAAAGCCACAACAAUGCCAUUGGAAAAGACACCAUCACCCUCGCCACCACGAUCAACAGCCAGCUGUUGUGGCAGUGACUCAUCAUUGUGUCGCAAAAUGUGUCAACGUGUUAUCGAGGCUAUGGAUUUGGAAUUAUUAAAAGAUCCCAUCUUUUUGAGCAUCAUCAUUGGCAUGGCAUUGGUCUAUACAUCAACGAUAAAUUUCACAAUGAUCUUUCCAAGCUUUUUGCAGGACUCCGUUGGUUAUACCACAAAAACCACAGCUACCUGUAUGUCUAUAAUGGCAGGUGCUGAUAUCAUUUGCCGACUUUUAUUGCCCUGCAUUACAGAUAAAUUGAAAAUCCCUUAUCGUCUUAUUUUCUUAUUGGGCACAGUGGGCUUGCUAAUAUCCAGAGCUGCCCUUGCUGAAUCGGUGGACCUCACCAGCAUUAUUGUUAUGUCGAUUUUUACCGGCAUGACCAAAUCAGCCACUGUUCUCAAUAAUAAUCUAACAAUUUCGGGUCACUGCAAACCGGAAAAGUUACCCGGUGGCCUGGGUCUAAAUAUGAUUGCCAAAGGUGUACUAGUCAUAAGUGUGGGUCAACUUCUCGGUUGGGUACGAGAUUUUACCAAAUCCUAUGUGAUAUGUUUGCAUGCACAAAAUGCUUUAUUGUUGUUUGUAAUUUGUGUUUGGACCCCGGAAAUGUUCUAUAGAUAUCGUAUAUAUCUUAAGGAGAAACGUCUUCAGAGGCUAAACAACGAUGAGGAGGAGGUGGGGGCAAGCGCAAAUGCACCACAACAGAAAUUAAGUACUGAUAUGGAUGUAGAAGGAGGAGAAGCAGAAGAACAACAAAGCCUGAAUGACAACGCCAACAACACCACCUCAUCAACAACAACUAAGCCAAAGCAAUGUGACUGUUAG